AUUCUGAACCCGCUUUACGUCCUCCACUUCCCUUUCUCAACCUCAGCGCCAAACAAAUCCGAAGUCGUGUUUAUUGCAUUCAUUAAUUUCAUCAUGCGCGCGCGCGCCUCAUUGCUAACCCUAGAGGUCACAGUUUUAUCCGCUGACAACCUCCGUGUCGAUCGGACUCCGUUGAUCAACAAUGUUUACGUCGAUGGAAGUGGUGAAGAACGUUGGCGUGGCGAGGAUUGCAGCGUCAGAUUUUCUUGGGGGCGGGGGGGGGGAUGGCGGAGGGCUGUUGUACGGUUUUGAGUUACGGGUUGGUAGAUGGGGAUGGUGGGCCUAACGAGGUGAUAAAUUUUGCGGAAAAAGAUUCUUAUGGGUUGUUCAUCUGCUUCAACAACAAAACCAGUUGCGGUGAUGACAAAGAAGAAGGUGAGUUAUUGUGGGUUUCACUCGUUUUAAGUAUAAUUUAAUAAUAAAAAAAGCUAAAAGAAAUGGGAAGAACCCAAUAUCAAGAUGCAACUGCCAUCCCAACUCCAUUCACACAUUGGAUGCUCAUAUUUGGAUUCUAAUAAUAUUCAUAAAUUUCCCCGCAACCUGGCUUGACUCUACUGCUAGUAUGUUAUUGUUUCCCCUUGUUGACAUCGUCAAAACAGCCGAAACAGGAAAUAAAAAAACUCUGAUUCCCUGUUUGAUAGAACCUUCGGCUCGCGUCCAAACCUUAAAAACCCCGGAUGCCGGCCAAGUUAUAACUUGAAGAAAUCUCAGGAACUGUAACCCAUUCAUCACCAUUGCGCAUAAUAUUUAUUUAUGCAUAGCCCUCUUUAUUUGAGUAGCCUGGGGCUGCAGAACUUGUCUUUUCAUAAGCAAUGGCAGUAACAACAAAGAGUGGGGUUUCCAGGUAUGCGGUCGUGAGCGGAGGGAACAAGGGAAUAGGAUUCGCUAUAUGCAAGCAAUUGGCUUCUGAAGGGAUCACGGUGGUGCUGACAGCCAGAGAUGAGAAGAGGGGUCUUGAUGCUGUUGACAGGCUCAGAGAGCUUGGCCUUUCCGAUCAUGUCAUCUUUCAUCAGCUCGAUGUCACCGAUCCUGCUAGCAUAGCAUCCCUCGCUCAUUUCCUUAACACCCACUUUGGAAAACUCGAUAUCUUGGUAAAUAAUGCAGCCAUACCUGGUGCGAUUGUUGAUGGUGAUGCUUUGGCCAAUUCUGGAAUUGAGAAGGGUCUUCAACCGAAUUGGACUAAAAUCGCUGCAGAGAACUAUGAGUUAGCCGAAGAAGCAGUGAGAACAAACUACCACGGAGCAAAAGAAAUGUGCAAAUCACUCAUACCGCUUCUUCAAUUUUCAAAUUCUCCAACAAUUGUGAUGCUUGCCUCCAUGAUGGGAACGUUAGAAUUUCUACCAAAGGGAAGGUUGAAAAAUGUACUGAGCGAUGUUGAAAGCCUGACAGAGGAGAAGAUUGAGGGCAUAUUGAAGCAGUUCCUGGAAGAGUUUAAAGAGGGUGAUUCAUUAGAAGCAAAAGGGUGGCCUGCAUUUAUGGCUGCAUAUCAUGUUUCAAAAGCUGCUUUGAAUGGGUACACAAGAAUUCUGGCGAGGACAUACCCGUCUUGGGGCAUUAAUGCUGUUUGCCCUGGCUACGUAAGGACAGAUAUGACCAAAAGUUGUGGAGUGCUAUCUCCUGAUGAAGGUGCUGAAGUUGUUGUGAGGUUGGCCUUGCUGCCCAACGCUGCUCCUUCUGGGCUCUUUUUCUAUAGAAGUGAAGAGAAGCCAUUUUGAUCAAACACUGUCAUUUUCUAUUAAUCUUUCUUUACUCAUUGCCACAUGCUCAAAACCCAAUAUUUUCAUGUAAUAACCCGUCUUGGUCAUUGUUUUAACUUGGUUUUCCGCAUCUGAUA